UGGGUCAACAGCUGAUUGAGGAGUGGAGAGGGCACCUGUCGUUGAUUUCAUAGUGACAGUUGGGCGUUGUGCUGCUGUUGUUUGAUUAUUUUUCUACGAUUGAUUGAUUGAUGGUGUGAUAAUGAAGAUAAAUGAGAAGAAUAUGGUGGCGUUUGCAAUCUCGGCAACUCCUGUGGACCGAGAGGGAUGGUUGAAUAAACGGGGUGAGGUUAACAAGGGCUACCAGAGAAGAUGGUUUGUCCUCAAGGGGAAUAUCCUGUUUUACUUUGAUCGUCGAGGUGACAAAGAACCCGUGGGGAUGAUUGUCCUGGAGGGAUGUACCAUCGAGCUGGCGGAGGCGGAGGAGCAGUUCGGAUUCAAAAUUGUUUUUCAUGGACCCAACAACAGGAGCUACGUCCUGGGAGCGGAAUCUCAGGACUCAAUGGAGCAAUGGAUGAAAGCCCUAGCCUGCGCGAGCUAUGAUUACAUGAAGCUCAUGGUAGCUGAGUUACAGAGACAACUGGACGCAGCUGAGGAAGAGGCAGCUCAGCCUGAAGAAAUUCAAGCUCCAGAACUGCCAAGGGCACCACCCAGAACUCGUCACAAUCCAUUCAACAGGCCAGACUCGUCCUACCAGAGGUCGCAAAGCGUAAGAUCAGCCCCAGGGAGGACUGAGAAUAUACCCAGAACUAAAGUAACAUUUAAGGAGCUGCACACAGGCUACGGUAGACGAAUCCUAGCUCACAUCAAUGAGUGGAGAUAUGCCAAAAGAAAUGCUGAACUUCCACUCAUAACUUUUUGAAGGAUCGAAACAAAUUAAAUCAUUUUUUUCUCAUUAUAAAGCUCAAUUAUUGUUGAAUACCAUCGAUGAGCUGAUUCAGAGAUAUUUUUGUAAUUUGAUUCUAAAGUUAUAAAUUGGUCUGUGUCCAGAUGCUGAUACACCCCGAUUUUUUUGCGAAUGAAUUAGUAUUAAUUAGCUCAGUUAUUUAUUUGAAUAAAUGCAAGUUUCUAACGUUAAAAAAACUUUAAAAACAUUAUUUUGAUGUACAUAAACCCUAUCUCCCUUCAUUGACCUCCCCAGC